AUGGUAGUCUUGACAUCUAGCACUCCAACGCGCAGCGCUCUCGACGCGCCGUCGGGCGUGCGCUGCGCACUCUGGCAUUGGGAGCCGCCCACGGCCGCCGUCGGCCUGGUGGUUUUGUUCCACGGCAUGGGCUCGCACGCUCGCUUUCCGUCGACUUCGCUCGCGGCGGAGGUGCUCUCCGCUGGUGGGUUCGCCGUGUGCUCGCCCGACAUGCCGGGCCACGGCGAGAGCGACGGCCUGCGCGGCUUCCUGCUCUCGAGCGAGGCUCUCGAGGAGGACGGCGAGGCGUUCGCAAGAGAGGCACGGCGGCUGAAGCCGGGCCUGCCGCUCUUCCUCGCCGGCAGCUCGAUGGGCGGCGCCAUUGCCUUUCGCGUCGCGCAGCGGCUCGACGGUGUGAGCGGUCUCGUCCUCCUUGCGCCGAUGCUCGCGCCUCCGGCGUCGGCCGCCGCCGCAUACCUCCUCGCCGCCCUGUCGUACACGCCCCUCUGCCGGCUGCCGCUCAUCCCGUCGUCCGCGACCGACAAUGCAAAGCAGUACUCGGACGAGGCCAUCAUCAAGCGGGGGGCGCUGCGCGUCGGCAGCGCGAGCGCGUGCGUCUCGCUCGGCGCCGCCUGUGAGGCGACCCUCCCCGGCCUGGCCUGCCCCUUCUUCUGCCUCCUCGCCGACCGCGAGCUGGUGCUGAGCGAGGCGGCGCGCGAGGCGGCCGAGAGGCUCUGCGAGGUGGCGGCGACGCCCGCGGCUGACCGCACGCUGAAGCGGUACGACGCGCUGCACGCGCUCCUCUGCGAGCCGGAGCCACUGCGCUCGACCAUCGCGGGGGACAUCCUAGCGUGGAUGCGCCGGUACGCAGCCGGAGAGUCGACGUGAGCGGUCGACGUGAGCGGCCGACACACGCAGGGGCGGACUUUUGGAAAUCCAACAUGCCACGAGGGCGGAAACUUCAAG